GUUCAUGUUCAUCUUGAUUAUUUUUCACCCGAGUGUGAAUGUGAAAUUCUAUUCUAUGCCGGGUUGUCUUAGAAUUCCAAAGAGAAUUGAAAAUAUUCUUUGAAAAAUUCAUUAAAAUAUUGUGCAUAUUCAUCCAAAUAACAAAAUAUAUUUCAAAGAACUCCAAAAACAUCAUAAAAUCUUUCCUCGGUCGGAGCUCGGAGAAAAGAAAAACUUAACAAAAAGUAAGGAUCGAAGAACGACAACGAGAACGACGAGCCACAUACAGAAAGAACAACCAAAGUAGAAAAAAGGACAGACGGAGCCUCCAUAGCAAAAACAAUGGCGUCCCAUCAAUAUCAUCAAAUUGCAAAUCUUCUGGAAAAGAUGACAUCCAGUGACAAAGAUUUCCGGUUCAUGGCCACAAAUGAUUUGAUGACGGAAUUGCAAAAGGACAGUAUUAAGUUGGACGACGAGUCGGAGAAAAAAGUCGUGCGAAUGGUGUUGAAAUUAUUGGAAGACAAAAACGGAGAAGUUCAGAAUUUGGCUGUGAAGUGUUUGGGUCCGCUGGUUAAUAAGGUCAAAGAGAAUCAAGUUGAGACUAUUGUUGAUUCAUUGUGUGCGAAUAUGAUUUCGAAUACAGAACAACUGAGGGAUAUCUCGAGCAUAGGAUUGAAGACGGUAAUUUCGGAACUACCUCAGGCUUCGAAUUCGCUUGCACCAAAUGUUUGCCAAAGGAUCACUGGAAAACUUGGCAAUGCUAUUGAGAAGGAAGAUGUCUCAGUAAAACUCGAAGCUCUGGACAUUCUUUCGGAUUUGCUUUCUCGCUUUGGAGAUUUCCUAGUACCCUUCCAUCCUGCUAUCCUAAAGGCUCUUGUUCCACAGUUGGGUUCUUCUCGUCAGGCAGUCCGUAAACGAACCAUAGUCGCCCUGUCUCAUUUGUUGACUUUGGCCAAUACCACUGCAUACAAUGGAGUUAUUGACCAUUUGUUAGAAGGCCUUGAAAAACCACAGAAUCAGGGAGCAAUACGCACAUAUAUUCAAUGUUUGGCAUCAAUAUGUCGUCAAGCUGGACAUCGUCUUUGUACUCGAAUUGAACGAGCUAUGUUCCUUUUAAAUAAGUACAGUCAACGGGAUGAUGAUGAACUUCGAGAAUUUUGUUUGCAAGCAUGCGAAGCAUUUGUACUUCGUUGUCCAGAUGCUAUUGGACCACACAUUCCUAUGAUUCUGGAAUUAUGCAUGAAAUACGUUACUUAUGACCCCAAUUACAACUACGAAGCUGACGAUGGCGAAUCUGGAGUGGCCAUGGAUACCGAAGAUGAGGAGUACGUGGACAGCGAAGAAUACAGCGAUGAUGACGACAUGAGCUGGAAAGUACGACGUGCCGCAGCUAAAUGCCUCGAAGCUCUCAUCGCAACUCGUCAUGAGCUAAUUGAAGAUUUCUAUCGUGAUCUAUCACCUGCACUGAUUUCACGCUUCAAAGAACGUGAGGAGAAUGUCAAAUCCGACAUUUUCCAUGCUUAUAUAGCUCUGUUGAAAAAUACACGCCCAGCCGAUGAAAUAUCUCAUGAUCCCGACUCAAUGGAGCAGGUUCCUGGACCAAUAAGCCUCCUGCAGGAUCAGGUUCCAGCUAUCGUUAAGGCAAUUCAGCCAUUGAUGAGGGAAAAGUCGAUGAAAACUCGACAAGAUUGCUUCUUGCUGCUAAGGGAAUUACUCAAUGCUCUGCCAGGAGCACUUGGAAACCAUUUGAACAACGUUAUGCCAGGGAUACAGUAUUCUCUUAGUGAUAAGAAUUCAUCUUCAAAUAUGAAAAUUGAUGCUUUGAGCUUUUUGUGCAGCCUCCUACAGGGACACAAUCCUCAGGUGUUCGAUCCUCACAUUCCAAUGCUGGUGCCAUUGGUGGUUAAUGCUGUGUUCGAUCCUUUCUACAAGAUUGCCACUGAGGCGUUGUUGGUGUUGCAACAGCUGGUGAAGGUUAUUCGUCCGGUGGACAUGCGCUCAGGCUACGAAGUGGCUCAAUUUGAUCUCGAGAAGCUAUACUCGUCUACUCUGCAGAAACUCAAAGCCACCGAUGUGGAUCAAGAGGUUAAGGAACGUGCUAUAGCCUGCAUGGGCCAGAUCAUUGCCAACAUGGGUGAUCUACUUAAGGCGGAAUUGGCAACUUGUCUACCCAUCUUCAUGGAACGUCUAAAGAAUGAAGUGACUCGUUUGAGUUCGGUCAAGGCUCUCACUAUGAUCGCUGGAUCCCCACUACGUAUUGAUUUGUCCCCUAUUCUCAAAGACGUUCUCCCAGCUCUGGGAUCUUUCCUGAGGAAGAAUCAGCGUGCACUCAAACUCAACUCUUUGACUCUGCUAAACACUUUGGUCGACAACUAUUCUCACUUAUUCGGUCCCCAGUUGUUGCAGAUAGCCAUCAGCGAAAUUCCAGCACUGCUUAACGACGCCGAUCUGCAUGUUGCUCAAUUGUCGUUGGUUCUGCUUACGACAACUGCUAGGAGACAGCCACAGGCUUUGGUCGGCAUUCACGAUCAGUUCAUGCCGUCGGUGUUGAUUUUGGUGCGAUCACCUUUACUGCAAGGCGCCGCUCUUACAUGCACCCUGGAGCUGUUCCAAGCUCUGGUAAAGGCUAAAUUGCCUGGACUUGGAUACCAUCAGUUGCUGGAGAAGCUGAUGGAGCCCAUUCUCAAUGGAACAAACACGGAACAGCUUCACAAGCAGGCAUAUCAUUCGCUGGCUAAGUGCGUUGCCGCUUUGACAUUACAAAGUCCCACAGAAGCAGUCCCAUUGGCAUCUCAACUGCUCAACGAUCUACAGAAGCGUCAGGGAGACACACAUUUGGUGUUUUGUCUGCUGACCAUCGGGGAAAUUGGACGGCAUUUCGAUUUGAGCUCAAUCGAUUCUCUGCCAAAGAUCAUCAUUGAUUGCUUCGGAGCUAGUUCGGAGGAUGUGAAGGGAGCUGCCAGCCAUGCGUUAGGAGCUGUUGCUGUGGGAUCUCUACACUGUUUCUUGCCCUUGAUUCUCAAAGAAAUUGAAGCUCAACCCAAGAGACAGUAUCUUCUGUUACAUUCGCUGAAAGAAGUAAUCUCCUCCCUAUCGAAUACACCAAAUGGUCUGGAACAGUUGUUGCCAUCGGUUCCAUCGAUUUGGGCGCAACUCUUCAAACAUUGUGAAUGCUCCGAGGAAGGUUCCCGGAAUGUUGUUGCCGAAUGUUUGGGCAAACUGGUUUUGGUCAAUCCUGAGGAGCUUUUGCCUCGCCUGCAACAAGCUUUGCACAGUGAAAGUGCCCUGAUGAGGACCGCUGUUGUGUCCAGUGUCAAGUUCACCAUCUCUGAUCAGCCACAGCCUUUUGAUCUACUUCUCAAGCAAUGCAUUGGAGAGUUUUUGUUUGCCCUACGUGAUCCAGAACCAUCGGUGAGGAGAGUCGCUCUGGUUGCAUUUAAUUCAGCGGUUCACAACAAACCAAGCUUGGUUAGGGAUCUUCUGCCAACAUUAUUGCCAUGGCUUUAUUCCGAAACUAAAGUUAAGGGUGAAUUGAUUCGUGAAGUUGAAAUGGGUCCCUUCAAACACACCGUUGACGAUGGCUUAGAUAUUCGUAAGGCAGCUUUUGAAUGCAUGUACACACUUCUAGAACAAGGUUUGGAUCGUGUUGAUGUUAUGCAAUUUUUGGAUCAUGUUCAAGCUGGACUUUGUGAUCAUUAUGACAUUAAAAUGCUAACAUACUUAAUGACAGCUAGAUUGGCUGUAUUAUGCCCAGAAGAUGUGUUAUUAAGACUGGAUCAAUUUGUUCAACAACUACGUGAUACCUGUACACAUAAAGUCAAAGCUAAUUCGGUUAAACAAGAAUAUGAAAAACAAGAUGAGUUGAAGAGAUCAGCCCUGAGAGCGGUAUCCGCAUUGGCACAGAUUCCUAAAGCAGAUAAAAACCAACAACUGGCUGAUUUCCUAAAAUCCAUCAAGGAUACACCUGAGUUGAAUAAAAUCUAUGAUUACGUUCAAAAGGAUUCACUUUCAAAUAAUAAUACCGAAAGCAUUUCCAUGGAUCAGAGUUAGACCCGUUAAUCAGUUAUCAGUUUAUUUUUUUUUUUAAACAUAAAAGAGUUUAGUGACGAGUUUAACGAGUAAUUAUAAUUAUUCGACUUCUUUUACUUGUGAAUACUCUGGUGUUUCGAGUAUAUGGAUGGGUCAAAAAGAAUAAUAAUAUAAUUAAUCAUGCAAAUCAUUAAAUAUAUAUUUAUAAAAAAUAAUAAUAAUAACAAUAAAAAAAGAAAUAUAAAAUAAAAAAAAAAAAAAACAACACAAAAAAACUAUUCUGUGAGGAAAAUUGUUAACAUCAUAAAAUAUUAUACGAACUAAAACUUGAACAAAGAAGAAAAUCAAGGAAGAGAGAAAACUAUACAUAUAUGUAGAGAGAGAGAGUAAACAAAAAAGAGCAAGAUUAUCAAAAAAGGCCUUUUUAAUAAAGCUGCAUUUAAGGUUUUUUCCCUCUCUCCUUCUUAACACUUUCUGUUGGCCGUUAAAUUGUCUGACACGAUCGCUUUGGAAAUUAAUCUAUUUAAUCCAAUGAAAUACAAGCAUUUAAAAAUAUACAAUAUAAAAUAUAUCGACCCAAACAAUUAAACAACAGCAACAGAAAGAACAUACAAAAUUAAAUCAGAAAAUCAGAUCAAUAAAAAUAUGUUUAAUUCAAAGCUAAUA